AUGUCGCACACCGUGGCUGCAGGCAGGGAUGGGGAAGGGAUCCGCAUCCUCCUGGAGGUUAAUGACAGCGGCAGGAGCCUGAUGCCGCGGACGCUGGAGGGGCAGAUCACCAUGGAGAAGACCCCCAGCUACUUCGUGACCAAGGAGGCGCCCAGGCGGAUUUACAACAUGUCACGGGACACCAAGCUCAUCGUGGUGGUGAGGAACCCCGUGACCAGGGCCAUCUCGGACUACACGCAGACGCUCUCCAAAAACCCCACCAUUCCCAGCUUCCAGGCGCUGGCCUUCAAGAACCUCAGCACGGGCUUGGUGGACACAACGUGGAGCGCCGUGCGGAUCGGCAUCUACGCCAAGCACCUGGACAACUGGCUGCAAUACUUCCCCCUGUCCAAAUUCCUCUUCGUCAGUGGGGAGAGACUAGUGAGUGACCCUGCUGGGGAGAUGGGCCGGGUCCAAGACUUCCUGGGGCUCCGGCGGGCGGUCACGGGCCAGCACUUCUAUUUCAACGAGACCAAGGGCUUCCCGUGCCUGAAGAAGGAGGAGGGCGGCAGCCGGCCCCGCUGCCUGGGGAAGUCCAAGGGGCGGCCGCAUCCGCAGAUCGACGCGCAGGUCGUGCGGCGCCUGCGGGACUUCUACCGGCCCUUCAACCUCAAGUUCUACCAGAUGACGGGGCAGGACUUCGGCUGGGACUGA